AUGGCUGAACGAGUCCAUCCCGCCGAUUCACCACCAGAGAGCGGUCAAUUCUCCGGAAACUUCAGCUCCGGCGAGUUUCCCAAAAAACCAGCUCCACCACCAUCGACUUACGUGAUCCAAGUCCCUAAAGAUCAGAUCUACCGUGUUCCACCACCGGAAAACGCGCAUCGUUUGCAAUACCUCUCCCGGAAAAAAACCAAUCGCAGCAGCUGCAGAUGCUGUUUCUGCUCUCUCCUCGCUGCGAUUUUCAUCCUCGCCGUCCUCGCCGGGAUCUCCCUCGCCGUUCUCUACCUCGUCUUCCGUCCCGAAGCUCCGAAAUACUCAGUCGAAGGAUUCUCAGUCUCAGGUAUCAAUCUGACUUCGUCGUCUCCGAUUUCCCCCAAAUUCAACGUUACCGUUAGAUCACGUAACGGUAACGGGAAAAUCGGGAUCUACUACGAGGAAGGGAGCACGGUGGAUGUGUACUACAACGACGUCGAUCUCUGUAACGGCGUUUUACCGGCGUUUUAUCAACCGGCGAAGAAUGUGACGGUGGUUAAAACGGCGUUAACGGGAUCGAAGAUUCAGUUAACAACUGCUAUACGUAAAGAGAUGCGUAACGAGCUGAGUAAGAAAACGAUGCCGUUUAAGCUGAGGAUUAAAGCGCCUGUGAAGAUUAAGGUUGGUUCCGUUAAGACGUGGGCGAUAACUGUUAAGGUUAACUGCGAUGUAACGGUGGAUAAAUUGACGGCGCCGUCGAAAGUUGUGUCAACAAAAUGCAGCCAUGACGUGGACCUUUGGUAA